AUGUCUGAAGAAGUCAACGUUGUUGUGAUUCAUUACCCGAAGCCGGAAAGGAUACAGGAGUUUCGAGACCUGGUCCUCCGCGUUAAGAAUACAUUCAAGCACUCCCCGGGCACGAUUAGCCAGCACGCUUUCGAAGUCAAGAAUGCGGAGGGCGGCGGCCCUGAGAUUGUUGUUACUGAAAAAUACAAAGACCACGCGUCACUAGAGAAAGUCGUCUCCUCUGAUGAGUUUAAGGAAAUCAGCAAGCUAGUUAUAGAGCUGGUUAGACAGCCUCCUCGGGUUAUUAGUGGAACUCCACUGCCAGGAUUUGAGGAGAGUCGCACUUAG